AUGGCUUCCAUCUCCCUCGCUCCCACCGCUACCUUCCUCCACAUCUCGGCCUCCGCCUCCUCCUCCUUCGAAGCCACUCCCGGAAUUCUAGCCGGCCGCCAGGCCGCACCCCGCGCCCUCCCGCUCCACGCGCGCCCGCCCCACCGCAUCACCGUUGCCUGCAGCGGCGCUGCGGCGACAGCCGCGGCCUCAGACGCCUCGCUGCCAGUGGAGAAGUUCCGGCUGGACAAUCUGGGUCCGCAGAAGGGGUUGUGCUGGCGCCCCAAGCGGAAGAGACGCGGUACGGAGGGGCACGAGCCCAAAUCGGAGAGUUUCGGGGGCCGCGCGUGGAUCCUUCAGCCGGAGAUGGCGCGAAGGAUAGGGGCUGAAAAGCAUCUAGGCCCCUAA